GGAAAUCACCCCUGGCCAGCUGAGUCUGGAGGACCUGUUGGAGAUGACGGAUGAGCAGGUGUGUGAGACCGUGGAGAAAUACGGAGCCAACCGGGAGGAGUGUGCCCGCCUCAACGCCUCCCUCUCCUGCCUGCGGAAGGUCCACAUGUCAGGAGGCAACCUCUCCAAACAAGACUGGACCAUCCAGUGGCCCACCACAGAGACGGGGAAGGAGAACAAUCCCGUGUGCCCCCCGGAGCCGACCCCGUGGAUCCGCACCCACCUCUCCCAGAGCCCCAGGGUCCAGUCCAAGUGUGUCCAGCACUACUGUCACGCCAGCCCCACCCCCGGGGCCCCGGUGUACACGCACGUGGACAGGCUCACUGUGGACGCCUACCCGGGCCUGUGCCCACCACCGCCACUGGAGUCGGGCCACCGUUCCCUGCCCCCGUCGCCCAGGCAAAGGCAUGCGGUCCGCACCCCACCGCGCACCCCCAAUAUCGUCACCACCGUGACCCCGCCAGGCACGCCGCCCAUGAGGAGGAAGAACAAGCUGAAGCCUCCGGGGACCCCACCGCCCUCUUCCCGAAAGCUCAUCCACUUGAUCCCGGGUUUCACGGCCCUGCAUCGGAGCAAGUCCCACGAGUUCCAGCUGGGUCACCGCAUAGACGAGGCCCACACGCCCAAAGCCAAGAAGAAAAGCAAACCCUUGAACCUCAAGAUCCACAGCAGCGUGGGCAGCUGCGAGAACAUCCCUUCGCAGCAGCGCUCCCCACUCCUGUCCGAGCGCUCCCUCCGCUCCUUCUUUGUGGGCCACGCGCCUUUCCUGCCCUCCACCCCUCCGGUCCACACCGAGGCCAACUUCUCCUCAAACACACUGUCUGUGCCGCGCUGGUCCCCGCAGAUCCCUCGCAGAGACCUCGGCAACUCCAUCAAGCACAGGUUUUCCACCAAGUACUGGAUGUCUCAGACCUGCACAGUCUGCGGGAAAGGGAUGCUUUUCGGCCUCAAGUGUAAAAACUGCAAGUUAAAGUGCCACAACAAAUGCACCAAAGAAGCCCCACCCUGUCACCUCCUGAUCAUCCAUAGAGGAGAUCCAGCAAGGUUAGUCCGGACAGAGUCCGUCCCAUGUGACAUCAACAACCCUCUGCGGAAGCCGCCCCGCUAUUCGGACUUGCACAUCAGUCAGACGCUCCCCAAAACCAACAAAAUCAACAAGGACCACAUCCCUGUCCCUUACCAGCCAGAUUCUAGCAGCAACCCCUCGUCCACGACAUCCUCCACGCCCUCCUCACCAGCACCCCCUCUCCCACCCAGCGCCACGCCGCCUUCGCCCUUACACCCGUCCCCACAGUGCACAAGGCAGCAGAAGAACUUCAGCCUGCCAGCAUCCCACUACUACAAAUACAAGCAGCAAUUCGUCUUCCCAGAUGUGGUGCCGGUGCCAGAGACGCCGACCCGGGCACCCCAGGUCAUCCUGCAUCCGGUGACCUCGAAUCCAAUCUUGGAAGGAAAUCCAUUACUUCAAAUUGAAGUGGAGCCAACCUCGGAGAAUGAAGAGGGCCACGACGAGGCCGAGGAGUCGGAGGAUGACUUCGAGGAGAUGAACCUGUCCCUCCUCUCGGCCCGGAGCUUCCCGCGCAAGGCCAGCCAGACGAGCAUCUUCCUUCAGGAGUGGGACAUCCCUUUUGAGCAGCUGGAGAUCGGCGAGCUCAUCGGGAAAGGCCGCUUCGGGCAGGUGUACCACGGCCGCUGGCACGGCGAGGUGGCCAUCCGGCUGAUCGACAUCGAGAGGGAUAACGAGGAACAGCUAAAGGCCUUCAAGCGGGAGGUGAUGGCCUACAGGCAGACGCGGCACGAGAACGUGGUGCUCUUCAUGGGCGCCUGCAUGAGCCCGCCCCACCUGGCCAUCAUCACCAGCCUCUGCAAGGGACGGACACUCUAUUCUGUGGUGAGGGACGCCAAGAUCGUCUUGGAUGUCAACAAAACAAGGCAAAUUGCCCAAGAAAUCGUGAAGGGCAUGGGCUACCUCCACGCCAAGGGAAUUCUCCACAAGGACCUCAAGUCGAAGAAUGUCUUCUACGACAACGGCAAAGUGGUGAUCACGGACUUUGGGCUCUUCAGCAUUUCCGGGGUGCUGCAGGCUGGCAGGCGGGAGGACAAGCUGCGCAUCCAGAAUGGCUGGCUGUGCCACCUCGCACCCGAGAUCAUCCGCCAGCUGUCUCCCGACACGGAGGAGGACAAGCUCCCGUUCUCCAAGCACUCGGACGUCUUUGCACUGGGCACAAUCUGGUACGAACUCCAUGCCAGGGAGUGGCCUUUCAAGACCCAACCAGCAGAGGCAAUAAUCUGGCAAAUGGGCACAGGCAUGAAACCCAACCUCAGCCAGAUCGGCAUGGGGAAAGAGAUCUCGGACAUUCUUCUCUUCUGCUGGGCCUUUGAACAAGAAGAAAGACCUACCUUCACCAAGCUCAUGGACAUGCUGGAGAAACUGCCAAAGCGAAACCGCCGCCUAUCUCACCCCGGACAUUUCUGGAAGUCUGCAGAGCUGUGACCGUCGGACAAAGGGACCGCGCUCAGCUGCCUCGGCUCACGAGCCACUUCUUCUUCGCUGCUCUGCCCUCUGCCAGCUCAGGAGGCCAGAGGCUCACAUCAGAGGGGACCGGCCCCGGCUGGCCUGGGAGCGCUGCACGACAGAGUUCGCAGCUUCCCUGCACCCCCCACGCGUGCCCCUUGGCUCAGGCAGGGCUGGGGACCCCCGACCCCUGAGCCAGGACUUAACGGGACCAGCCAGGGAGACGUGGAAUUGAUGCAUGAGGCCCGGGGGACAGCGUGGAGAAGAGAGCUGCAGGCUGGAAGCGGAGCCCCUGGGCCACGGAGACUGGGGCAGGAGGCCCCCGUGGGCAGGCUCACAGGACCGGUCUGUGUGUACAUGUGUGUCUUCGUGCGUGCCGCCUUUUGCUCUCGAUUCCCCUUGACAAGCAGGAGUCCGGCCGGCCCAGCUCUGGAGCGCUCCUCGGCUGGUCUGGUCUGUGUCGAGGGUUCCAGCUGCCCUGUCUGGGAAGAUGGAAUGGGGAUGCAGAGCUGGGCACCAACAUGGUGGAGGCUGCCGGGCCAAGAUCCGGGGGGGACUCAGCUGUUCCUUUGUAAACAUCUGUUCUCAGAGGCCCCAACCCACGCCUGUCACGGUUUGUGGCACCUUUGCACAUAGCUCCGAAAUGCA